GUCCACGCUGUUGGAUGCUGCCACAAGGCCCACAACAAUUCAACAAUUGUACAGGAAUAGCGGUGGUGCGCGUGAAGUUUCCCUCCAAAUAUUUAAUAUAAAAUACGGAGUAGUCUGAAUGCCAAGAAUGAGGCGAACACGACCUAUAUUCCUGUUUAGGAUUAGCGUCUCCUCUCCAGCCUCCAUCCAACUCCACCACAACAACCAUCUAUGUAUGGUAUGUACGCAUAGUCUGUGCAUAGCGCUGUCUGCAACUUGUUCUUACAGGUGUCAUGUAUUUCAAGAGCUGAGAUCUCAAGCCCGAGUCAGAGGAUUGGAGCCCUCGAGCCAUGCAAGCGCAGACGCCUAUAAGUGGCCUUCGGUCCGAUCCCUAUCCCUACUAGCUAGCCAAAGCCUCUCCAACAGCUCCCACCUUCAGCCUGUCAGCAGUGACGCAAUAUGCUUCCUAGCCGAUGGCUCUGCCUCGUGUCUAUGAGCUCUGAUAAAGUUAUAUAUUUAGCUUGUCUUCCCCCAAUUCCCAAAUGCGUAGCUAUCCCUGAUGUCUAUAACUUGUCCCUGUGUAUUCAUCUGUGUUGUCGACCGUCUGGAAAUUGGCAUUGACCUUGAUUGUUCGUUUCCCAUUCUUGACGAGAAACAAUGGAGAACGUCGGGAAGCAGGUGGUAUUCCGCUUCAAGAAUCCACCGGCGCAACCAAGGGCGUCACGAAAAGCACCGUCGCGGGCUUGCGGAGACCAACUGGACGAACCAGUUUAUCAUCCACGAAAGUCUCAUCGAAAAUCCAGAACUGGUUGCGUAAACUGCAAGCAGCGACGAAUAAAGUGCGAUGAGACAAAGCUGCAAUUCCGGAGAUGUGGGACUUAUGGCAUAGAUUGCGUUUACACAUCUCCCAAAACCUCACCUAAUAUGCAACAAUUGGCCGCGUCUGGGCGCAGCUCUUCAAUGUCUAACUCACCGGAUGGGCACGGUCAGGCUAUGGCGGCGGGAGACAUGGCUUGUAGGAUUGAGCAACUCUUGUGCUAUACCGAUAAUACAUUGGUGUUGGGCCCUUCCCGCACACAGGCAUACGAGUGUCUGUAUCUCUUUAUCAAUGGGCUCUCCGGAAAAGUGCCCGCGACUCCAAGCUUCACCACGGUUAUCAAGGGGGAUAUGAUCCGGGUGGCGCUGCAGACACCGUAUCUUAUGCAUGCCAUAUUAGGCCUUUCCAACGCUUAUUUGGCAAGGACCUUAUCGAAUUCUGCCUCCUACAGAGUUCGAGAAACCGGCCAUUUCUCAGACGCGAUUCGUCUUUACCAGAAGGAGCUGGACUCCCAGAUCACCAAGGACAACAUGGACGGCAUAAUGUCGACGUGCAUGCUAUUAGCUGAUGUUCCUCUAUUGGAAGCAGACUACUCGCCUUACGAUUCUAUCGUCUUCUCCUCUGACCCCUCGGCUCUAAACUGGCUCCUAAUGCAAUCCGGCCUCUCGCGCCUAAUGCGCUUCACCCAGCCGUAUCUCUCAGAAAGUAUCUGGCUCGUACCGUUUAUGGAGUCAUAUAACCAUUUUCUCGAAAAUAGGGACUGUCGCACCGGUCGGGAUGGGCUGCACCCGGAGCUUGCAGAGUUAUGUGAAAUAAACGACGGCAGCAACAAUGAGAAUAACCCCUACCACGAGCCCCUCCGCAGCCUCAUGCCCAUUCUAGACAUGGAAACCAACCCAGAGAACUUCAUGACAAUUAGCCACAUUCAUGGGGACCCUGAAGCCCAAGUUCACCGCGUUGGUUCGGAAUAGGGAAGCUAGGGCGCUUCUUAUUCUGGCCUUUUGGCUAGGCAAGAUGUGCGAAGAUCCGUCCUGCUGGGUUUAUGCGAGGAUGCAUAUGGAGUGUGUGGCUAUAUGCAUGUAUCUUAAAAACAGGACAGAUCCCCGCGUUCUUGAGCUGUUGGAGUACCCGGCGUCGAGGUGUGGAUAUAUAUUAAAACACAUAAGCGAGGAUAGUUCGUCUGCGUUGAGAAUAGGAUAUACGGAUUUGGGGACGUGAAGGCUAUGAAUAAAUGCUUAUUACCUCCUCUACGAAAACGCGUGGAAUUAUUUUCAUUUUAUAAAAGAUUGCGAGAUUAAAAUUACGCUGUGAUAGAAACCCCAACGCCCGUCGGUAUCACAUCAUCACAUCACAUCGCGUCGAAAGAUGCCAACAACAUUUCCAUCCCCCUCAAGUUAUGGUCAAUGGCAUGAAGGCUAAAUGUCCAUGAACAAGUAGAGAUCGAAUACUGCUAGCACUGGCAGACUAUCUCAUUUCUUUUUUAGUAAUUAAAUAAAUUAGACCGACAAAAUCUUUUCAGACAAGCAAAAACAUGAAAAGUCCUGUAUAGUCUAGAGAUCCCCGUACCUCGAAUUGUGGUAUCAAAUUUCAAGCAAAACCAAUUCUAGGUAGUAGGCGGUUACAGAAGUAGCCCCAGCUCUUUCGAAGAUUUAUCCCAUCUAGAAAAACAAAAUAAAAGACUCAAACAAUACACAGGAAGCACAAUAAAAACUAUAUCAAGUUCUCGAACGGGCAACGCACACACUAUGCCCACAUCUCCCUGAAUUUCAUAUCGAACUCCUCCCGCAACAGCUUGAAUCCCUUCAGCACAUUGAAGAUCCCACCACGAUCCUUCCCAUCCCACGGAGCCGCGGGAUCCUCAUCCCCAAAUUCGCCCCCUUUGGAGGCACCAUCGUUACCAUCAUUGUCACCACUGUCCUCCACAUCCUCAUCUUCCCAGCUGUCCACGACCUUCUUCCUGCGCGGUUUACUGGCAGUAGUUGGGGCCGGAGUGGAAGCAGCGGUCGUUGGUACUAUCGGCCGAUUCAACACGCCCACGCCCACGUCCCCAAGUUCUCCCAUGCCAUCAAGCCCACCAUCUUGCAUAGCUCCGACAUCUACCUCCCCUUCAUACAUCUCACCACUACCCAUGACAUCAAUCGCAUCCGCAUCCGUCCCCGGCGUAAGUUUGAGGAAGUUUUCAAGGCUAGUCACGAUCGUUGCAAGGACCAUGGAGAAGUCGUUCAACAGGAACCAGAUGUCGCCCUUGCGAACGCCAUUGUCCCGCUCGAUAGCGUCAAUGUUGCCGUGCUUGAAGAAGUCGUAUAGGUACGCGUUAAGGGGUAAGUUGUCUUCUUCGGGGAGCCCCAAGUACGGAACAACAGCUUUCUCGAGCCAGACGCCGCCACGCACUUUUUGACAGAGGUGACGGAGGAGUACCUUUGCCCAGCUCGACCGCAGCGUCUCCGCCACACUUCAUCCCAGUCAAAGGUAGCUUAUGGUCGGGCUCCGUAAUGUGCUGGUCCACGAACGUUUUGACGUAGGUGCUGUAUAUCUUAAGUAUUUCCUUAUUAUUGCGACGUAGCACCGUGGCUGCUCUCUUAGGCAAGGGCGGAAGGACAAUAAUCGAAGUCGAUUUUUUAACAGCAUUUUGCUGAUGUUCCAGUACAGAGGGCCGAAGAUGUCGGCGGCCAAAAAGAUGGGACAUAAUAAGCAUCAGCGUAAGGAUUUUCUGUUUACGCGAGGUGUCCAGAUCUCUGCAUAAAUUAUGGAAGUAACCGUCCUUCAGCAAGGAGUGGAAGGCGAAACUGGAGUUUUCCACGAAAUAAAGAUGAGAGACGCAUCCUGCGAAGUUUAGAGGGGCGCCAUCUGGACCUAGAAGGUGAUUGCGCCGUAAGAACUCGAUUGAGAAUCGUAGGUGAUGCAAUACAGAGUCUCGCGCCUCCCCUCCACCGAGGUAAAUGUGCGGGCACGAUAGCAAGGAGUUGAUCAUCUUUACCGCGUUAGGUGCCUGCUUCGAUUCAUAUAGCAAUGUGAAGAGGCGGAGAACCAGACUAGUCGUGAUGGGGAAAUGGCCGUGGAGACCAGGGAGUCUUGAACUGAGCAGCCGGCAGAUCUUGGAAUAGGGAAGUGCCUGAAAGACAACAUUUCCAAGCACAUCAAAGCCUCGACGACCAGCACGACCAGCAGCCUGGCGGAAGUUAAGGGCGGUGAGGAAGAUAGAGUCGCCGGAGAAGACAACAGUCUUGCAAGGCAUGUUUAUACCAAGUGCGAGGGUGCCAGUGGCUAUCACAACCCGCAGAUACCCCUUUCGGAAGAGUAUCUCACAUAGUUGACGAUAUUUACGGUUCAUACCAGCGUGAUGAACACCGAUGCCACGU